GGGCGGGCAGGUAAGGUGCCCUUUCCCAGGGAGCUGCCACUCCGGAAGGAAGGUCGACUCCUUCCCUGGUGGUGCUGGAGACGAUCCACACUGCCAGCUGCUGGGAGCCCAGCGUUCCCCCCCGCUGAGCCCGCUUCAGCUCUGAAGCCAGGCUCGGACACCUGUUCCCCCUUCCCUCCGGUCCCAACACUUGGAACCCAGCCCUAGGUCCCUUCCCUUAGGUGCCCGGUGUCUUCCCAGGGCCCCUGGUCCUGGGCCAUGGCCCAGAGGGAGGGCCUGGGGCCUCGGGGGCUGGCGGCUGUGGCCACUUUGAUUUCGCUUGGAUUGUUCCAGAAUGGGAUGGGAGCCAAAGGGGACGCAGUCUCCUGUGGCAUAGUCCCCCAAGCACAAGGACGGAUUACAGGCGGUAGCAAUUCAGACCCUGGCCAGUGGCCCUGGCAGGUCAGCAUCAACUACAAUGGCGAACACGUGUGUGGCGGCUCUCUCGUGUCUGACCAGUGGGUGUUGUCGGCUGCUCACUGCUUCCCAAGGGAUCACAGCACCAGCGCCUACGAGGUGAAGCUGGGGGCCCACCAGCUGGACAGUUUCAGCUCCAGCAUGACAGUCCGAACCGUGGCGCAGGUCAUUUCCCACCCCAGCUACCUCCAGGAAGGCUCCGAGGGGGACAUCGCACUCCUCCAGCUCAGCAGCCCUGUCACCUUCUCCCGCUACAUCUGGCCCAUCUGUCUCCCCGCGGCCAACGCCUCCUUUCCCAACGGCCUCCAGUGCACCGUCACUGGAUGGGGCCACGUGGCCCCCUCAGUGAGCCUCCAGCGCCCCAGGACCCUGCAGCAACUUGAGGUGCCGCUGAUCAGUCGUGAGACCUGUAACUGCCUAUAUAACAUCGACGCCAACCCCGACGAGCCCCAUUUUAUCCAGCAGGACAUGCUGUGCGCCGGCUACGUGAAGGGGGGCAAGGACGCCUGCCAGGGUGACUCUGGGGGCCCCCUCUCCUGCCCAGCAGGGGGCCACUGGUACCUGGCAGGCAUCGUAAGCUGGGGUGAUGCCUGUGGGGCCCCCAACAGGCCCGGUGUGUACACUCUGACUUCCACCUACGCCUCCUGGAUUCAACACAAUGUGGCAGAGCUCCAGCCUCAAGUGGUACCCCACAUCGGGGAGUCGGAGCCUGACAGCGACCUCUGCAGCAACUACGGCGCCCUCAACGCUGCCCCCGCCUGGGGCUUGGCGAGGCCCAUCCUUCUGCUGCCACUAGGCCUGACCCUGGGCCUCCUCCGGCCACGGCUCGAGCACUGAGCUACUUACCUGGGAGCUGACCUGGUUCCGGGACCUCCACGUCACUCCUGGGGACAGACGCCUGUUCCCAGGAUGCCAGGCCCCGCCCCCAACACUCUGGGCCUGGAGCCUGAUUGAGCCACUCCUUCGUCCCCCGACCCUGUGGGAGUUGAGGGCACCAUCCUGACCUUGGAGCCCACCCUUCUGGGCUGUUCUUUGGGACUAUAACCUCCACCACGAGGUAGUUUACUACCUGUGGUGCUAGAGCCUUUGGCUGCCUCCAUCUGUCCACAAGCCUACAGGCUGGGCUCCCAUGGAGCUCCCAAGGGCCCUCAGCUAGGAAAUAGGCCCUGGCUCCCCACCCUGUUUCUAGAAGAUUGCCCAGCUGAUCACUGCGGAUGGGCCUGCUCUGCCUGAUGAGCCCCCCAUGGCUUCGCCCCGCUGCUGUGGUCUGUACUGGGCUGCCUCCGGGCAGCACGUCUUCACGGACAGACAAGACCCCAAUCUUGCCCCAACGGCUGCCAUGCCCCCCCCCCCCGGCCCCCCGAGCCCUUGACUCCUGGCCUCCGGAGGAAUGAGCCCCCACCGGAACUGGGCUCUCACUUACAGCUGGGGUGCGGGUGAGAUGCAGCCAGAAGGAAUAAAAUGUUCUGAGCACA